UACGAGUGAUAAGUUUACAUCGAAGAAAAGACAAACAAUGGGGAAACUGACGAAUAGAAAUAAAAGAAAUAAAGUUGAAAUACCGACUGAAGUGAGGCAUCAUGAUGAUCCAUGGUGCAUCAAAAAGAAGCUUUACACAAGUGAUCUCGGAAACAUGUCAAGGCUGAUAUUGCCAUCGGAGUUGGUGGAGUCUCGUAUUUUAUCUCACUGGAACACCGAUCAGCUAGCCCAAAUUGAAGAAGGUUUACCCGUAUUAAUUUGGGAUUGCGAUACCCGCACCGAACAUGAGAUGAAGUUCAAAAGAUGGAAAAACGGGGCAAACGUGCUUAUCAAGAAUUGGAUAACACAGUUUGUGAAGAGGAGAGAACUAAAACAAGGGGAUGAAAUUGGUAUUUGCUGGGACAUCGCUAACUCAAGAAGAGGAAGUCGAGAGGAACCGAUUGCGUAAGUUGCCUGUCUGAUGGGCGAGUAUUUUGUCAUGCGAAUCGGAGAGAUGAGGGAUCUGGAGCGAAGGAGGAAGCAGAUGAACAGUUUUGGAGCUUUGGAAAGAGAAGCAAAAGUUGGAAGCUGUUUCUGUUUUGUUUUUUCAGGGGACGUGCUAAAAUUAAUUGUUUUGGUUUUUCAGGAGCAUCUCCUGUCUUUUCGCUGGGUUGGGUCAAAUAUUUGGGCCUAUUUCUUUCUUUGUUGGGCUGUUUUGCGACUUGGUUUUUAAUAAUAAUACCCAGCCGAUUGUUCUUCAAAAAGAAAAGAAAAAAAACCUGGAACAAGAGGCUAAGGGGCUACGGGCUAAAUUUGAUGGAUAUAAUACCCAGCUGUUACUAAGUUUUUCUAUUUUUAA